CACACACUUGUCCUUGCACUUGAGCCUGAGGAUCCCACGUACUGCGUCCAGCAAAGCAGCUGUCCGGUCAGCAGGGCAAGCUCUAGCCCGCUAGGUCAUCAGGGUUGGGAGAAGAAAGCUACUGGCUUCUCCGCUGGGGCAAGGAACAGCGGUCACAAGAUGGCGGCCACUAAGCUCGGUCGGUUCUUGUCGGACCCGAGUCUGCUAAUGGAGAAACUUUCAUGCCCCUGCUCGGGUGCGCCAUCAUUUCGAAGCAGCUUAGAACAUUUUGUGCAAGCAGCAACUUCCCGCACUCUACUUCAACACUCCCACCGCAGCGCUCAGGCUUCUUCCGAACAGCAUUUGCACGGAAGGCGAGCUUCGGGCAGCUCGCACCGCCAAAGAGAGUGUUCACGCUUUCAUUGCGCAAACCCAAUUGCGUCUCUCAACCAGCCUAAGGUGCUGUCCCCCUCGACUAGCAUUAGUAGAACGGGUUUGCAAACCCAUUGGAAAGAACCUAGCAGCAGAAGCAGAGAAAGGUUUGGGAGAUUGCGAGCGGUGAAAACGGAAGCGCCUGUGGACGAGCGGAAAGCGGAGUGGGGCUCAGAACUAGAGGCGUGGCUAGGGGAGAGCGGGCUGCCAGAACAACCUGUUGAGAUUGCGGACGUCGGCCCAAAAGGGCUCGGGGUUAAAGCCAAGCGGGUAAUCCUGAAGGGCGAGGUUGCGUUGCAAGUCCCCGAGCAUUUGACGGUGACGGGGGUCGACGUGGCCAAUCACCCCGUUGUUGCAAACAUUGCGGAAGGCCGGGGUGACGUCAUUGGGCUGACGCUUUGGGUGAUGUACGAGCGGUCCCUGGGGGAGCAGUCCGGCUGGUGGCCGUUCGUCCGAAUGUUCCCGCAGCGGACGCGCAGCCCCCUGCUCUGGACGUCCGAAAAGCAGAACGAGCUGCUCAGGGGAUCCCCCGUCCUGGCGGACGUCCAAGAGCGGCUGCGCGCGGUGGAGUCCGAAUACGCGCAGCUGUCGACGUUCUUUUCGGGCGACCCCGAGCUGUUCCUGCCGCCCUUCUUCUCCUUCGAAGCCUUCAAGGAGACGUUCGCCGUCGUGCUCUCGCGCGUUGUGUUCCUGCCCUCCGCGGACUGCUUUGCUCUGGUCCCCUUUGCUGACUGCAUAAACCACGCGAGCGACUCCACCGCCUCCUUAGACUUCUCCGCCGAUGAGAACGCGGUGGUUCUUACCGCCGACCGAGACUACCAACCGGGGGACGAAGUCGUCGUCACGUAUGGGGCCGACAAACCGAACUCAGAGCUGCUGAUAAAUUACGGUUUCGUGGAUCCAAACAACUCGAACGACUGCCUCUUCCAGCCCGCGGAGCUCCUUCCCACCGACCGCCUGAUGGGCUUCAAGCAGCAGAUCGUCGAGCAGGCGGGCUUUGGUGUGAAGGAGCUCUUUCCGCUGCUCCUCAACCGUUUCCCCACCCAGUUGCUAGUGUACCUGCGGUUGUCCCGAUUACAAGACCCGGCGCAGUUCCCCAAGGUCAACUUCGAGAAAGACAUGGUGGUUAGCCAGGAGAACGAGUACGAGAUCCUGAUGCUGCUCAUGGCCGACAUGCGGGAGCGCCUGCAGAGCUAUGAGAACCAGACCGAGGACGAAAUGCGCCUGCUCAACACGCGGGAUCUUAGCCCCGAGGGCCGACUGGCGUGUCAGCUUCGGAUCGGCGAGCAGCGGAUCCUUCAGAGCACCAUGACCGCCGUUCGGAACAGGCUGGCGCCCAUUAGGGGAGUGCCCACGAAGUCGGGGGGAAUGCAGGAUCCGAACGCUGACAUCAUCGAGAUGUUCGACCAAGUGGAGUCGAUCGUAUCGGCGCCCGGGAAGUUCUUUCAGAAGGUGCUCGGGAGAGAUAAGUAGACCCGAGAUCAUGGACAAACCGCAACGUGCUGUUCCAACCCUGUUGGUCGGCCCCACGUUCUUUCGCGACUCUUGCGGAACCCACGUUCUCUCAUGACCCAUAACGUGAUCUAGCAAGAGUGAAACGGCAACAGCCUGCACGGUGAUCACCGAUGGAAUGAGAUGAUACGCU